AUUGCGGCCGCGCUCCGGGUUGGGAUUCUGCGCGGCGGGAUUCGGCCACCGGGCUGCCGGCGCCCCCAGCUUGGCUGGGCUUACGCGGCUCAAGAUGCGCAACGGGAAGGGCGCGGCAUGGGCUCCGGUACUGCAGUUCACCAACUGUCGCAUCCUGCGUGGCCGGAGGCUGCUCAGGGAGGACUUGUGGGUGCGUGGGGGUCGCAUUCUGGACCCAGAGAGGCUGUUCUUUGAAGAGAGGCUGGUAGCCGACGAGCAGCGGGACUGCGGGGGCUGCAUCCUAGCGCCUGGUUUCAUUGAUGUGCAGAUCAACGGAGGAUUUGGCGUUGACUUCUCACAGGCCACAGCGGAUGUGGGUUCGGGAGUCGCCCUGGUAGCCCGUAAGAUCCUAUCGCAUGGAGUCACCUCCUUCUGUCCCACCUUAGUCACCUCACCACCGGAGGUUUAUCACAAGGUCCUUCCUCAGAUCCCCGUGAAGAGUGGUGGUCCCCAUGGGGCAGGGAUCCUCGGGGUGCACCUGGAGGGCCCUUUCAUCAGCCGGGAAAAGCGAGGUGCACACCCUGAGGCCCACCUGCGCUCCUUUGAAGCCAACGCUUUCCACGAUGUGUUGGCCACAUAUGGGCCCCUAGACAAUGUCCGCAUCGUGACACUGGCUCCGGAGCUGGAUCGCAGCCAUGAGGUGAUCCAGGCACUAACAGCCCGUGGCAUCUGUGUGUCCCUAGGGCACUCAGUGGCCGACCUGCAGGCCGCGGAGGAAGCCGUGCAGAGCGGGGCCACCUUCAUCACCCACCUCUUCAAUGCCAUGCUGCCUUUCCACCACCGUGACCCGGGCAUUGUGGGGCUCCUGACCAGUGACCGGCUGCCCCCAGGCCGCCACAUCUUCUACGGAAUGAUCUCUGAUGGUACACACACCAACCCUGCUGCCCUGCGCAUCGCCCACCGGGCCCAUCCCCAGGGGCUGGUGUUGGUCACCGACGCAGUCCCUGCCCUGGGUUUGGGCAAUGGCCGUCACACGCUGGGGCAGCAGGAGGUGGAGGUGAAUGGGCUGACGGCCUACGUGGCAGGUACCAAGACACUGAGUGGCAGCAUAGCCCCAAUGGAUGUCUGCGUCCGGCAUUUCCUGCAGGCCACAGGCUGCAGUGUGGAGGCAGCCUUGGAGGCUGCAUCUCUGCACCCCGCCCAGCUGCUGGGACUGGAGAAGCGCAAGGGGACCCUGGACUUCGGGGCUGAUGCAGACUUCGUGGUGCUCGAUGACUCCCUCCACGUCCAGGCCACCUACAUCUCAGGCGAGUUGGUGUGGCAGGCAGAGGAGGCCAAGCAGUGACCAAGGACCACACCUGGAGAGGAUGCAUAGACCCACCUGGACACUGUCAGGGCUGGGCCAUCAAGGAGCUGGUCUCUGGGAGCCCUGUCCCAGGCGGACAGCCUUGACCCCAGAGGCAGCCAGCUUAGAUAAACCGUGUGCCCUGCCCAGGACUGCCCUGGUCUCCGAGUUUUGCUUCAAAGCAGACAUGUGCUGUUUCUACCAUAACCCUGGUGGCCCUCCUGGGGGUGGGGGAUAUGUGUGCCUUAAGGUUGACAGUGGCUGGACUCCAGCUCAGCCAGGCCUUGCCAGGCUUUGUGGGGUCCAGUGGAGGCGACGAUAGGGCCACUUUCUGUUAGGAUGCAGACCCACAGGCAAAUGUGCCUUUUGGAUACAAAUGGAGAGCAGGAGGGGGGAAGCCACAGACUGUAGGUUGGAAAGCCAAAGCCGGCAAAGGGGUUGGUUUAGGGACAGUUAGUGUAGAUGACUUCAGGAGUUUGCCUGUCGAGGCUGAGGGAAAGGAUACACUCUGAAAUUUUAAACAAGAGAGAAUUGAUCGUGGAGACAAGAUGGGCAGGGAAGGACCUCAGGUGGGCACUGCAGAGGUUUGGUGUCCUUGCUCUCUGCACCCCUGAGUUGUGCAGGACCUAGGCACAGCGCCUGGCACUCUGCUCUGACCUUCGGGAGAAGCCACAUUGGUCUCGGGACCCCAGGUUGCCCAGCUCUGAGUGCAGGAGGCAGUGGUGGGAGGGCCCCUGAGCUGUCCCCAGCCGCUGUCCGUGGCCUGCCCGACCUGCCCAGCCCUAAUCCCACCUCUGAAUUCUUGGGAUCAUCAAGGCUCCAUUUCUUCUAGUGUCUUUUCCGAACAGCCCAUCUCCUGACUCUACUCCCAGGGGGUCACAAUGAACCCUCCUGCACUCCAGUGUUUGCAUGGCUGUAGGUGACCCUGCCUGGUGCUGUUGAGCAGUUCGUGGUCACGAGUGUCCUGUACCCUGCAGCUGGGCCCUACCUUCCGAGUUUCCUUGGCCCUGGUAAAGGUCCCUGGGAGGGGGCAGAUGAGCUGGGCUAAUAGGUUAGAAGCUGAGCAGAGAUUGGCAGGCCUUGUCCUCGUGCCCUACGGGUGUUUCCUUCCAUUCACCUGCCAAAAAUCCAAAGGGUGUCCUGUGUAUUACCCAUAUUUCUCAGAUGCAGAAACUGGGGCACUAAGUCCCAGAGCUGAUGAGCACCAGGGCCGGCAUCUGGCCUGGCCAAUCCCUGCAGCCUCCUUAGAGCUGUCACCAAGGCCUCUCUGGGUGGAGACUCCUGGAGAGUCUAGUGAGAUGGUAGCCAGCCAGGUGACACAAGAGUUAACCUGAGCCAGCACUGACUUUAAAGAAAGCACUUCAGGUGAAGGGACCCGCCCCACAAAGGCCAGGGCAGGGCUUAGUGUGUUGGAGGAACAGAUCCAAUGGCCACUGGGAAUGGAGGAUGGGCGCUGCGCCCUGUAGCUGUGGUGCAAGUUUGGAUUUUAUUUGAGGUGUGGGGUCAGUGACUGGAGGGUCUUCUUUUAUCAAUUGUGAUAAAACACACGUAAUAGUCACAGUGUUUUACAAUUUUAAAGUGUACAGGUCGGUGACAUUAAGUGCAUUCACCUUGUGCAACCAUCGCCACCAUCUCCAGAACAUUUUCAUCACCCCAAACUGAAACUGCACCCCAUGAAACACUAACCCACACUUCCCCUCUACACUUCUCCCAGCCCUGGCACUGGCCUGUCCACAUUGUUUCUGAGUCUGAGGCUGCCAUUUUAAGUGUGCCUUUGGGUUGCUAGGGGGUAGCAAGGACACCCUGAGGGGCUUGCUGUGGGGUGGCAGUCGUGCCAAAGCCAAGUGAAGUGAGGGGACAGGCUUACCUUAGUGUGGGUGUGGACUGGGGGGCAGGGGAGGUGACUUUCACUGAGAUGGAAAGGCUGGGGAGGUGACCUGGCAUGCUCCCAGCAUUUCCAUGGCAUGUUUAGUAUUGUGCAUGAGUAGGAGGACUUGAGGGCCUAAUAUUAGUCAGACUCUGGCACAGGGACAGGUUGUGGCCUCAGGAACAAUGCGUCACAACUCCAGGUUGGGCCAGGGCUACCUGGGAGCUAGGAGGCUUCCACGUAGCUCGACAUGCUGGUUCCGCUCCCAGCGCUGGAGCGCGGUUGGGGGCGUGUCCCUUCGAAGCCUCGGGCUCCUAACCUACAAUAGAUGAAGGACCUCGUAGGCUCCUAGCGCACCGGGGACAUUGCGGGGGAAGAUGCAGUCAUUCCCGGAGAGGUUCUGGGUGGCCCAGGCCAGAGAAGCCGGCCUGAGAAUGGGGGACAGAUGGUAUCAACCACACAGAGACUUCAACAGCGACCACGCCCCAAACGAGCUGGGCUCGAGCAGCGGGCCAUUUGCAAUGAAUCCCGUCUGACCUGCUUCGCUGCACCCCCUGCCUGCGCCCAGGGGCCGGGUCUACGCGGACCGGCACGUCAGGGAUGGGGUGCCCCAGUCAAAAUGAAGCGGAGCUCUGCCAGGGCCAAUCAGGAUCCCUAUGCAGAGGGAUGCGCUGCGGUAAAACAGUAGGGGCUUGCGUCACCCUCUGACCUCGGUUAAGUGCAGACCAGCAGCCAGGAGCCCGAGACUGCAUGGAGGCUUGGGAGAGGCGCAGGCCCAAUACGCGUGCCACCGUGCCCUGCAGACCCCACAGCGCCUAGCGGCCCUGCCCCACCGAAACCCUGAGAACCCCCCUGCGCCUCAACCCUCUCUGUGCCCCUCUGUGCCACUCUUCCUUCCCUGGCUCCCAACUCCACUACUAUUAAUAGCUUGAUGUGGGUCCUUCCAACCGGAUCCAGCACUUUUUCCCACAAUUUGUCUUGGCUUGUUUUAUAAACUGAGAUGGCACUUUU